UACAAGCCAUGUAUUCCAUGCGACUAUGCUUUAGCUCCCGUUUAAAGAAUACCGAAUAAGACAAAGGAGAUCUCCCCAGGUUUUACACCAUGGUUGCGAAAACCUGAAUAUUCGGAAUAUUCGGAAAAAUGGCCUGAUCAGUGAAGUGAAAUAUUUUGUUCCAUUUCGACUCGAAUUCUGGUGGCAUGUAACAUGGAGUUCCUGCUCUACGCUCUGGUACUCAGCGCGAUGGGGAAUGUCGGACUCGCGGUUCCGGAUAUGAACCACAGGACUGGAGAUUCUGACCACUGUAACAAGACAGUUGAUAUUUACCAAGCUGUGUCCAGUCCUCCCGUAACAGAUGCAAACCGGGGGAAACCUUUACACUGCAGCUACAAGAUACGCGUCAGACCUGCGAGAGAUGACUGGGUGGUUUUCGUUCGAUUUACGCGGCUAAAAGUGGGACAACCCAACUAUGAUCGUUCUCAGUGCAUAGGAGGAUACGUACAAAUAGUCGAUGGGUACAAAGACAGCAACAACAGCAACAGAGAUUUUCCUGGGUUUUACUGCGGUGACAUUGAUUCUCCAAAGACAUUCAUCUCCGAAACCCCCCAAGUGAAAAUCAUCUUCCAUGCAGACAGUUACGGACCAGAUACAUUCUUGCAGUUCGAUGCGAAUGUCGAAAAGCAAGGAGAGGUGCAUGCCAGAUAUGGUCAAUUUCCGCAUCUAUAUCCACACAGAAGAGGUGCGCCUGUACCCGGUUCAUACUGUGAUCGGACAUUCCACGAAUGCGCUCCAGGACGUUGCUUCGUCCAAUCCCCUGGAUUUCCCGGAAUCUACCCGCGGAAUCUCCACUGUAGAUACCAUGUAAGCGUCCGACAAUUUUUGGUGGGCCUUGAUUUGACGGCUUUUGAUGUGGACGGACUCAGAUGCGAUAACCUCUUGCUCUGCUUUCCCAGGCCGAUAUCCAAAAAUGCGGAAGACUGUCCUUAUGAUAUCGUCAGAGUAUACGACGGACCCUCAGACGAUAGUCCCAUCAUUGUCAGUCUCUGUGGAAGAGGAAGGCUGAAAUCGAACAUAAUUGCUUCUGGACCAGACAUCUUGGUGGAAUUUGUGACGUCUAACGCUGGACCUUUAUUAAAUACAGGAUUUCACUUCAAAGCUGAUAGUAUCAUUGAUCCUGACACUUCAGAACCACUUCAACUGCGCAAUAACAGUUGUUUCGUGGAGAGAUAUCUACCAGAGAAUAAAGAAAUAACUUUCUCCAAUCUUCGAUCAUGGUAUCCUCCGAACACAACUUGCGCUUAUCGUUUUUAUACUACGCCAGAGGAUGUCAUACGACUGGACUUUUUGCUAUUCAGGAUUGAAAGAUUUACCAUGUGUGAGGAAUCUCUGAAACUUUAUGACGCUCCAGAACCCAAUCCUACAAAAAUUAUCACAAAGCUUUGUGAUAUGAAUAAAGCUCAAGCUGUUUACGAAUCUACAGGACAUUAUCUGUAUGUAGAAUUCGUAAGUUCCAGAGGAUCUCUCGAUGGAUCUUCAAUAAGUUAUGAAUUUCAAGUGAAAUCUGUUGGAGCUUCUUCUCUUGAAAGUGGUCAUGCCUGUAGCAGAGUCUUAGAUCAUGAUGGACAUUUAACAUUACCUUUACAUGAACUUAAUGCUACCAACCAACCAGUUACUUGUAACUAUACUCUUGAUGCGAGCUCCUUAUUGCACGGAAGAAUAAAUCUUACAUUAGAAGUUCCCUUUGAAAAAAUGACAAAAGUUUGCACAGAAUGUAAAACAGAAUCAAUUGUUUUAGAAGUUUUUGGAGCAACAUUAGAUGACACGCCCUUAUGUCUAUGUCAUAUCACUCGUAGACGGAGUGUAACAAUUACGUCGAUGUCAUCAAUUAUGGUUAUUAUGCUGAGAUCUAGUCCCGUAACAGUUGAUACAAAGAACUUGAUUUUAGCCCCACCUAGCAACCUGAAAUCAUCUAAUAAUAAAGACAUAACUGGAAAUUUCAUUUUCUUUAGUGAUGUACGAUGCGGACCAGAAAUUCUUAAACUAGAUUUACAAGGUUUUAUAACAUUUCCAUCAUUUCAAGAGAAUGCCUUACCAGGACCAGUGCAUUGUCUUUGGCAGGUUCCACUGUUACCUGGAAUGGAUGCGGGCUUCAGGCUGGAAAAUUUUCUUGGAAACAACUGCAGCUCGGACUAUCUCAAAGUAAAUCAUGUCCUUUUAUGCCCAACACUCAUAGAACAUUCUUUUGUGGUACAGCGAGAAGACAUCAAAAGUUCAAAUGUAGUCUUGGAUCUAAGAGCUAGUGAAGCCUCUGAAAUUAAUUUUACUUUAUGGUGGACCCAACUUCGAGUUCUACCAUCGACAUCAUCUGAUUAUUCUCUAAUGUCUCUGGGGAAAGAAUGCGAGUUCUUAUGCGCAGCUUCCAUGACUUGUAUCCGCAAGGAACUCGUAUGCAAUGGCGUGCCCAAUUGUCCCAGAGCUAAGGAUGCUCCAGUGAGGAGAUAUUCUCCUGACGAAGAACCCUCGAUGUGUCUUUCUGGAAGGCACAAUCUUCAUCUCCACUGGUGGGUGAUAGGUUUUGGACUUGUCAUAAGCGUUUGCAUUUUAAUGGGACUUAUUUAUUCUGUCUGCAGAAGGUGCCAAAAUCACAGACAAAGGUUUUAAUAUUGUUAUUUCAUUCUGAUGUUCUUACAUUUUCUUCGAAAUUUAAAAGGGUGCUUAACAUGUAGAAUAAAAGUCUUUUUAAACAUUUAGUAUUUGUAUCAUAUUAAACAAAUUUCUUAAAUUAAAGUAAAAAUGUAAAAGGAAUUCGGACAUGUAUUCAUGAUGUACUCAAUUUUUGUGAAUAUGUAUUUGAAAUGUUAUUAAAGUACGUUUUUCUAAAA